CCUGGGGAAUGUAGUUUGUGUUCUAACCCUUUUGUACAAUUACUUCAUGGUGAAAUUGUUGUAAAACAACUACAAUUCCCUGACAUCGAAAUGUACGUCAAUUACGCGCCAUUGAACCGCUGCGAUUUAUCGUUUGUUUUUAGCUUGGACGCUUGCUUGCUGGCUAGCUAGCUAACGUUAGCUAGCUUUCCAUCAAUGCUUACCGCUUAUUCAAUCAGACAUACAACGAUAUUAUUUAUCUUUCUGUUUUUAUAUUUUGCUAUUGCUAUUUUUUUAUACUAAUCUUACCGACAUAUUCAUGUCAUCCGAUGAACUGUGUAGUUUUCGAAAGAUAGUUUCACUUGCUAGCUAGCUAGCUAGCAAGCGAGCUAUCUUAAUUUCCGGUGUUUUUUGUUGUUGUUUUAUUCGCUAACUAACGUUAGCUUUGCAACGAUUUUGGAAGCUAUUUCUAAAGUAAAUAUCUAUCUCUUUUUUGUUGGAAGUACAAAAUACAAUUACUUUGUUAGUAGUUGAAGGUAAGGAAGUCAACAUGCCGGUACAUUCUCGAGAAAAGAAAGAAAGUAACCACGAGGAGAUGGAAGUCGACUAUCCCGAACAAGAUGGGAGCAGUUCAGACGAGGAUGACACUGAGAGCUCGUCCGUGUCAGAGGAUGGGGACAGCUCGGAGAUGGAUGAUGAGGACUGUGAAAGGAGAAGGGUGGAGUGCCUUGAUGAAAUGACAAAUCUGGAGAAACAAUUUGGAGACCUGAAAGACCAGUUGUACAAGGAGAGGUUGAGUCAGGUGGAUGCCAAACUCCAGGAGGUGAUUGCAGGCAAGGCUUCGGAGUACCUGGACCCCCUGGCAAAUCUGCAGGAGAACAUGCAGAUCAGAACAAAGGUUGCUGGGAUCUACCGGGAGCUCUGUAUAGAGUCUGUAAAAAACAAAUACGACUGUGAAAUCCAAGCAGCUUUCCAGCACUGGGAGAGUGAGAAGUUGCUAUUGUUUGAUACAGUGCAGAGUGAACUUGUGGAAAAGAUCAGGCGACUGGAGGAGGACAGGCACAGUAUAGACAUAACCUCAGAGCUCUGGAAAGAUGAGCUGCAGUCAAGGAAGAACAAGAGGAAAGAUCCAUUUAGUCCAGACAAAAAGAAGAAGCCAGUUGUUGUGUCAGGACCAUAUAUUGUCUACAUGUUACAAGACUUGGAUAUACUGGAGGAUUGGACAGCAGUCAGAAAGGCUGUGGCUACUUUGGGACCUCACAGAGGUAAAACUGAUGUCUCCACCAAUAAGAAUGAAAAGUAUCAGCAUAAUGCUCGAUCAGAAGAGGGAAAGUUGAGUUAUGACGGAGAAUGGUACUGCCGUGGACAGAUGAUAUGCAUCGACAAGAAAGAUGAAUUUCCCACAAGAGCCAUAAUUACCACAAUCAACCACGAUGAGGUUUGGUUCAAACGACUAGACGGCAGUAAAUCCAAGCUGUAUGUCUCUCAGCUCCAGAAAGGCAAAUACACUAUUAAACACUCCUAAUUUUCAGGUCAACUUGCACCACUCCCUCUCCAAAGCUCAGGAGUUAUUCAAAGAUCCCCAUGGUGCCAUCUUCUGCCUAUUUCAAGUUUUCUAAUGAAUUCUGAUUUAAAUACUUAAAAUACAAUUUAUAUGAAAUACAAUUUUUUGUUAAUUUCGUGAGAUGGGUUUGGGUCCUCUAAAUAGUAUUGUAUGUGACUAGGUGUGAAUAUGACCAUGUUCCAAUGUCAUUUUUAUUGGGCAAGACAGACAGAUAUGGAGAACAUGAGUUUCCAGACUCUGUUUCUACAGGUUUGCCUUAACAGUAGCUCAAAGCAUUCAGAUGAGAAAAUGUACUGUAUAAUGGACUAACACUGCAGGAUCUAUAGAAAGUUACAUGGGACAUCAGUAUAGAUCAGUAUAUCAGCCUCACAUUGACAAGUAUCCAUUAUCUCUUGCCAUACCCAUCUCUGCUAGUUGUACUUUUUGUAAUUUAUGAUACAUUCUUUGUAAGUGGUACGGUACUGGUGAUGACUGUCUGUAUAACUUUAACACUUAUGUCUUACAUCUUCCAAUGCAGUAUUCAUUUGUUUCUUGCUGUCUGUCUUAAUGACAUUCCUACAUAGGGUUUUAAAAUUCUAGUAAUGUUCCCAAAAUUCCCAGGUUUUCCAGAUAACCCGGUUGAAAGUGUCCCAGAAUCAGAAGUGAAUAAGCAGGAAAUCUGCCCUAGAUUUCUGGAAAACCUGUGAAUUUUGGGAAAGUUACCAGAGCUUUGCAACCCUACUUGUACCUCACUUUGAGAUGCUGUAGGUUUGCUAGAAAGGAACCACUGUCUUAAUGUACAGAAUAAAAGGAGCCUGCAUGUUUUAUAUAAAUAAAGGGAAAAAUCUGUCUA